CCGGAAAGGAAACGUAUGAACCAAAUGAUGAUCGUGUUUUGAGUAACCUAUUCCGCGAUUCAUCCCUUAUACCUUUUAGUUCGUCUCUUCAAAGUUUGGCCAUACACUCUCUACCCUUCUUCAUUUCCUUAUCCUUUUCUUCUCUUUCCCUGACAGAGACUUUGUCAAAACUAUCAGCUGUCCACAAUGACCCACAAUACCAAGUUCUCUGGGAACACAUCCCUUCCUUUGGAGCUAUAUGGCGAGGUACGUCUUAAAAGGACAUUGACAAUAUCAGGGCUGAUAUAUCGAUUGAGGUUACGAAACACUAUGCCUGACGGAUUUUGCUUUAUGCGCUGCAGCCUUAAAAUCCUUCGACUAGUCAAUGAGUUAUUCUACCAGAGCGCGUCUCGUCUUCUAUUUCGCCGGUUUGAUGCAGGUCUAAGAGAAAUAUCGAUCUUCUUCUGUGAUCUAGCACCUCAGAGCACUGGAAAAGCUCUGUCAAAGUGAAUAUGGCUGCUUCGUGCAAAACCUCCUGGUUGGGUGUGUUCUAGAGACGGGGGCUUUCCAGGCGUAUCAUAACUACCUUAAAACAAAAUUUGCCUCUUUCCUUGAACGGCUUUUGUCUUUAUGAUGUCUGAAGGUAUGACAUGGUGAGACGACAGGAUUGGAAGAGGCUGUCAUCAAUGCCCUGCAGCAUGGAUCACUCCCCAAUCUGGAGGUACUGUGUCUCUGAGGACUGACACUUCAUUAUAUGAGUCCUUACCUGUAUCCAUCCUUCAUAAUAUCACCUACCUCUACCUGCCUUGAUUAAGAUUUUGGUUGUGAAAGGAAAUACAAUCAGGGACAGUCGUUUUGGCCUUGUCCAGGCAUGCCCGUAUCUUCGUCAUGUCGAAAUCGAGGGGCUUCAGGCGUCCAAAGAUCGUUCCUUGUCGUUUGUUCACCGGAAAGCCCCUCUAGAAUACUUUAAUUUCUUUUUAUAACGAAACUAUCUCCUAUGAGAAACU